AUGGACAUCGCCCACUCCCUCCACUCCGAGAUCGACUCUCUGUCCUUCUCCUUCCUCUCCACAGAGGAUGUCCAAGCCAUCUCCGUCAAGAAGCUCGACAACCCCAUCUUGCUCGACAACUUCAAUCUGCCCACCCGGGGUGGUCUUUAUGACCCCAAGCUUGGCCCUAUGAGUGCUAGGGAUGUCUGCGAAACAUGCCACCUCUCCUUCUACGCCUGUCCUGGUCACUACGGUCAUAUCGAACUUCCCGUCCCAGUCUACCACCCUCUUUUCAUGAACCAGUGCUAUGGACUUCUUCGAGGCGUCUGUCUCUAUUGCCACCACUUCAAGAUGCCCGAGGUUACCCUUGCUUCUUACGCCGCUCGUCUGAGGCUUCUUGACGCUGGUCUUUUGACCGAGUCUCACGAGGUCGCCGCUCAGUUCGACAACGCUGUGGGAAAGUCAGCGCGUAGCAAAGACAAGGACGCAGAGGAAGACAUCGAGGGUGAUGUCGACAUGGAGGAAGUCGCUGCUACCCAGGCUCCGGAGAAUGUCGCCGAGUUCUUGGUCAGGAUUGAGGCCUAUGUCCAACAUCAUCUCAAGACUGCAAAGCACAACGCGGCCAAUAAGAAGAGAGCGGAGGACGCGUACAAGGAUGGACUGGUGUUCGAGGAGAGGAAAAAGCUGUUGCAUGAAUUUGGGAAGAAGAUCUGGAACAAGUGUAGUCGAUGCCAUGCUUACGGAAACACCUUCCGAAAGGAAAAGGCGAUCAAAAUCAUCGAGUACGAUCUCACGCCCAAGCAAAAACUUUCCAACAAGCUUGCCAACCUUCGACGACCUGAUGUUCUCGCCUCCGCCGGCAAAUACUCUUCCAAGCAGCGCCGCUCCGACGAUGCUGCUGAAGUUGACGAAGGUAUCGAGAUGGAGAGCGACAAGUCCAAUUCUUCUGAUGAGGAGGGUGAGGACGUCGCUUCCGAUGCCGAGGAAGAAGGAGACAAUGAGGAUGUGGCGCACAAGGUGGCCAAGACUGCAUCAGGUCAGGUCAAGGGAACCAGAGGAAGGAAUGAGCGAGUCAUGUCACCUGCCGAGGUGCGGGCUCAUCUCCGCACUCUGUUCAAGAAGGAGCCCCAAAUUUGUAAAAUCAUCUACGGCAAACACGGCAGUCCUUCCGCCUCUGCGUCCUCCUCCCCUGCCCCUCUUGCCGACAUGUUCUUCAUGAGCGUCCUUCCUGUCACUCCUACUCGAUUCAGGCCAGCUGCCAGAAUGGGUGAUGAUCUCUUUGAAAACAGCCAAAAUUCGCUGCUCACUGCGGUGAUGCAGACCUGCCAGAGGAUUCAGAAGCUCAAUCAAGGCCUGAUCGAUCAGGCCAGGGCUGAGCGAGGCGAGAUUGAGCUCGACGAGGUUGCCAAGGCACAAGCUCCCAGGACCUUUGAGCUGCUACUGGAGACUCUGAUCAAGAUUCAACAUGAUGUCAACUCGUUUGUGGACAGCACUAAGAACCCUGCUGUGAUGAGACAGGGAAAGCUGCCACCCCCUGGUAUCAAGCAGUUGCUGGAGAAGAAGGAGGGUCUUUUCCGAAAACACAUGAUGGGUAAACGUGUCAACUAUGCCGCUCGAUCCGUCAUCUCGCCCGAUAUCAACAUUGAGACGAACGAAAUCGGUAUCCCUCCCGUCUUCGCCAAAAAGCUCACAUACCCCGAGCCUGUCACCCAACAAAAUGUCGCGGAACUCCGUCAACUCGUUAUCAACGGCCCCAAGAACCACCCCGGUGCCUCUCUUGUCCAAAAUGAAGACGGCACUCAAAUCUCUUUGGACAGAACAACCGUCGCGCAGAGGACAGCCAUUGCCAAUCAGCUUUUGACUCCUCAAGGGGACGACCAUGGUCUUGGCGGUAGCGCCGGGCCUUCCAAGAAAAACAAGAAGGUGUAUAGGCAUAUCAGGGAUGGUGAUAUUGUCAUUUUGAACCGACAGCCUACUUUGCACAAGCCUUCAAUGAUGUGCCACCGAGUCAAGGUGCUGUUGGGUGAAAAGACUAUCAGGAUGCACUACGCAAACUGUAACUCUUACAACGCCGAUUUCGAUGGUGAUGAGAUGAACAUUCAUUUCCCUCAAAAUGAGGUCGCCCGAGCCGAGGCUAUGAUGAUCGCCAACACCGAUAACCAGUACCUCGGUCCCACUUCCGGUAGUCCUCUCCGUGGUCUCAUCCAAGAUCACGUUGUUGCCGGUGUGUGGAUGUGCAACAAGUCAUCCUUCUUCACCCGAGAACAAUACUUCCAGCUCAUCUAUGGCGCUCUCCGUACGGAGAACGACUACACUGGUCGUUCCAAGAUCAUGACCCUGCCUCCUGCCAUCUUCAAGCCCAGACCCAUGUGGACUGGUAAACAGAUCAUGUCGACCAUCUUGCUCAACUUGACGCCCAACAACGCGCGAGGUCUCAACUUGACCUCGAGGAACAAGGUGCAGAACAAGCUCUGGCAGAGGGAUGACUCUUCUGAUCCUACGAUGAGCGAGGAGAAUGUUGUCUUCCUUGACGGUCACUUGAUCUGCGGUGUGCUGGAUAAAUCGCAGUAUGGUGCCUCGGGUUACGGUCUGGUACACUCUGUGCACGAGCUGUACGGCCCUUACAUCGCCAACAAACUUCUGGGUGUCUUGUCUCGUUGCUUGACAAAGUACCUUCAACACAAUGCCUUCUCCUGUAGGAUGGACGACCUGAUCCUCACUGCUGAGGGUGAAAAGAUCCGAAAGGACAUCCUCGACAAGGCAUCUGGCGAUGGCGCUACCGCUGCCAUGAAGUAUGUCGGCCUUCCGGAUAAUUCCAAGAUUGAGGACCCCGACACUGCGAAGAACCUUGCCAUCCGGCUCGAAGAGAUUCUCCGAGAUGACCACCUCAUGGCCGGCCUUGACGCUGUCAUGCAGUCCGCCUUCAACAAGACCACCUCCAAGAUCAACAACGACGUUCUUCCCGAACACCUUGUUCGCCCCUUCCCUGACAACAAUAUGCAGAUGAUGACCAUCUCGGGUGCCAAGGGAUCCAAGGUCAAUGCCUCGCAGAUUUCGACUUUGCUCGGUCAGCAGGCUUUGGAGGGUAGACGUGUGCCGACCAUGGUAUCGGGUAAAACCUUGCCCGCUUUCAAGGCAUUCGACACUAGCGCUAGGGCGGGUGGUUAUGUCGCCAACCGUUUCUUGACUGGUAUCCGGCCUCAGGAGUACUACUUCCAUUGUAUGGCUGGUCGUGAAGGUUUGAUCGAUACUGCCGUCAAGACCUCUCGAUCCGGUUACCUUCAGCGAUGUUUGAUCAAGCACCUCGAAGGCGUCAAGGUUCACUAUGACCACACCGUCCGAGACAGCGAUUCUUCCGUCCUGCAGUUCUUGUAUGGUGAAGAUUCGCUUGAUGUGACCAAGCAAACCCAUCUCAACAAGUUUGACUUUGCUGCUGCCAACCACACCUCUUUGGUGCAGAAGGUCCGCCCCAACGAUGUCUCGAGCAAGGUCAACCAUGAAGCUCCUGGACUCAUGAAGAAGGCUCUCAAAAAGCCUCACAAGUACCCCCCCGUGCUUUCAGAGUACUCUCCUUCACGAUACAUCGGUGCCAUGUCCGAGGCAUACGCAAAGAAGCUUGAUUCUUACAUCGAGGACAACAAGUUUGGCUACAUCUCCAAAAAGAACGACAACAAUUCGAGUCCGUUCACGAGCGAGAGAGUCCCCGAGAAAGAGUUUAUGCAUUUGGCGAGGGCUAGGUAUAUGAGGAGUUUGGUCGAGCCCGGAGAGGCUGUUGGGUUGAUGGCUAGUCAGGGUGUUGGUGAGCCAUCAACGCAGAUGACUUUGAACACUUUCCACUUGGCUGGACACGGUGCUGCCAACGUAACUCUUGGUAUCCCUCGUCUGCGAGAAAUCGUCAUGACCGCUUCCGCCAAACCCACCACACCCACCAUGAAGCUUCCUCUCCGAGACCAAAUAUCCGACAAGGACAUUGAGACUUUCGUCAAGCAAGUCUCUAGACUCACUUUGUCCGAAGUCGUUGAGCGUGUGACAGUCACCGAGCGACUCUCUGCCAAGUCCGGUGAGAACGACUCUCGACAACGCAAGUACACCGUCCUGCUCGAAUUCUUCCCGCUCAAGGAGUAUACGUCCGAGUACGAGAUUACCACUGAGCAGCUCCACGAGAGCUUGGCGUUCAACUUUGCCCCCAAGCUCAAGAAGGAGAUCCAGAAUGAGAUCAGGAAGGUGGCCAAGACCAAGGAGCAGGAGCUUCAGGUCGGAAAGGGCCGAAAGGUUCGAGCUGGCGGCGAGGACGGUGAGGAUGAAGAAGAGCGAGAGCCCGAAGUGCGACGUCGAGGACGAGACGAUGAGCUCGAUGACGAUGAUGAGGACUCAUACCAGCUGAAGCGAACUGCCCAGGCCAGACAGCACGAGUACGAGGAAGACUCUGAUGGAGGUGACUCCGGUGUCGCGGAUCUGGAGGAUAUCCUGGAGAACGACUUGGAAGGAGAGGACGAUGAGGAUGUUGAUGAGGAAGGUGCCACCGAAAAGGCCAAGCAGGACUCCAAGGCGGACGAUCUCGCAGAGCUUUUCAAGCUUGGAAGCAAGUAUGCUACUACUUUCAGCUUUGACAACCACGGUGGCAAGUCUGCUCAGUUUGACCUGGAGUUCCCCGCCAACGCUCCCAAGCUCUUGUUGGUUGACCUCAUCGAAAGGACGUGUAGAUCAGCCGUUGUUCAUGAAAUUGAGAACAUCGGUCGAUGUAUGAAGAUUUUCUCUGACAAGGGCGAGUUCACUCGAUCACUCAUUACCGAAGGUUCCAACCUCCGAGGCAUGUGGGCUCUUGCAGACGAACUUGUCGACCUUGACAAGCUGUCUUCCAACGACAUCUACGCUAUUCUCACCACCUUUGGUGUCGAAGCUGCGCGAAAGGCCAUCAUUGAUGAAGUUUCAAGCGUCUUCGGAGCUUACGGUAUCGCUGUCGACUACAGACAUUUGACCAUCAUCGCCGACUACAUGACUCACGGUGGCGGCUACAGACCGUUCAACCGAACAGGUAUUGCGGCCAAAUCUUCACCACUUCUCAAGGCCUCUUUCGAGACUACUGUUGCCUUUUUGUCUGAAGCCACCCUUCACGGUGACUUUGAUGAUCUCACAAGUCCCGCGGCCAAGAUUGUCAUGGGUAAACCUAGCUCGAGUGGUACUGGUGCGUUCGACAUCCGUGCGCCUACGAGAAUAUAG